AUGCGUCGGAAAGAUGAAAAUGAAAAGUACACGGCCGAGAGGCAGCAGAUCGUACAAAGCAAAAGUCCCUUGACCGUGGUGGGUUUGGUAAAGGAGAAGGAGAACAAUGUUUCCUGCCCCAACUAUGGAGGCCCUCCUGGCGAGUAA